GGAAUCGCAUGUAAAAUACUAGAAUGUAUCAUUCAUUUAUGAAUAUAGCCCGGAAUACAGAGGUAACAUGCGCGCACACGGGCGCACACGCGCACUCAUGCACACACGUGCGUUCGGACGCGGGCGGGAGGUUAUUUAUACCGUUAACGUGUCAUCAUCAGCUGCUGACUCAUGUGCUUGUUUGAACAAAUUCAUUACAAUCGUGUUUUGUAAUCGUAUUCAUUGCAUUGCCGUUUUCAUCUUUUCAGCUUGGUGGCUUUUGGUUACCCUCGUACUAUCAGGGACGGCCAGCUACAGUGAGAUGUCACUGCCCGCCUCUACAUCGGCACAUUGGUCGCAUGCUACGCUCGAUAGCGACUACAUGACUGCGACCACGAAUCAAGAAGAUGCAUCGACUUCACCCAUCACAUCCGCUACGGCUGACAUGCCCAUCGCUCCCCAUGCAGAUCUAGAUACACCGAUAUCACUGCCCGCGUCCUCUACGGUCGACACAGAGACAAGGCAAACAACAAAUGUCCGUUUCACGACUACGAUGCCUCUGGCUGUGUCCACCGAUCCAAUUGCCGGUCAGACUGAUAAUCCAGUAGCUGCCACGACUAUCACUGACGUUAGAGCUACAGUGACUCCAUCGUUUCUACCAACUUCGGUCAUUACAACUGCUAAGCAACCUAGAUCCGUCUCCAAUGAAAUCACAUCAUCUUCUGCUACUCUCGCUCGACAGCGAAUGAAAUCAAGCAUGCCAACGUCAUCAACGUCAUCGAGAUCCAGUAUAGUUGGUGCGACGGGUGGUGUUACGACGAUGUCAACUGCGGGUAGAAAUGCAUCGUCGUCUCUAGUAGGAAAAGAUAGCGUAGCCGUAACAAAGGGCCUUACGACCCAUAAAUAUUCAUUUACUGAGAAUGAUACAUAUAGUCAGCUUACUACAAGGAGAACCACCACUACAACAACAGCUGCACCGGCACCUGCACCGGCACCUUUGCUAUCCUCACCGACAGAAGCAACAACAUUCUCAUCUUCUGUAAGAACAACAACAUCAUCAAUAUCGCUGCCUUUGCCACCAACAAUAACA